AUGCAGUCGGGACGGCAAAAGUACCAGCAAUACCAGCACAACGUCCCCAUCGAAAUCCUCAACCCCGGCGGAGGGACAGACGAAGAUGCUCCCUCUCUUACAAUCACAAUGCUCGGCGCCGGACAAGAAGUGGGGAGGUCUUGCUGUGUGAUUGAACAUCGGGGCAAAAAGAUUGUGUGCGACGCUGGUCUCCAUCCUGCCCAUCCAGGAAUAGGUGCUCUGCCUUUCAUUGAUGAGCUGGAUUGGUCGACAGUAGAUGCAAUUUUGGUGACACACUUUCACGUGGACCAUGCAGCAGCGCUGCCGUAUAUCAUGGAGAAGACGAAUUUCAAGGAUGGAAACGGAAAGGUGUACAUGACCCACGCUACGAGAGCUAUCUAUGGUCUGACCAUGAUGGAUACUGUCAGAGUCAAUGACCAGAACCCCGAUUCCUCCAGUCGUCUAUACGACGAAGCUGAUGUGCAGGCUUCCUGGGUCUCCUCAAUAGCUGUCGACUAUCACCAAGACAUUGUCAUUUCGGGUGGCCUGCGGUUCACUCCCUAUCACGCUGGACAUGUCUUGGGUGCUUCCAUGUUUAUGAUUGAAAUUGCUGGUCUCAAAAUCCUGUACACAGGAGAUUAUUCGAGAGAAGAGGAUAGACAUUUGGUCAUUGCCGAAGUGCCGCCAGUGAAACCGGAUGUCUUGAUCUGUGAGAGUACUUUUGGUGUCCACACUCUGCCAGACCGGAAAGACAAGGAGGAGCAAUUUACAACGCUCGUGUCCAACAUUGUCAAGAGAGGCGGUCGCUGCCUUAUGCCCAUCCCCUCUUUCGGCAACGGCCAGGAGCUCGCUCUCUUACUCGACGAAUACUGGAACGACCACCCCGAACUACAAAACGUCCCCGUCUACUUUGCGUCAAUGCUUUUCCAACGUGGUAUGCGAGUCUACAAGACAUACGUCCACACUAUGAACUCCAACAUUCGAUCGAGAUUCGCCAGAAGAGACAAUCCCUUCGACUUUAAAUUCGUCAAGUGGCUGAAAGACCCUCAAAAGUUGAAGGAGACGAAGGGGCCUUGUGUGGUGAUGGCGUCUGCUCAAUUUAUGAGUUUUGGGCUGAGUAGGGAUUUGUUGGAGGAGUGGGCGCCGGAUCCCAAGAACGGCGUGAUCGUUACCGGUUACUCAAUAGAAGGCACUAUGGCUAGGACGCUUCUCGGGGAGCCAGACCAUAUCGAAUCCGUCAAAGGCGGCACUAUCAACCGACGUCUGACAGUGAAAGAAAUAUCUUUCGGCGCUCACGUGGACUAUGCGCAAAACUCCAAGUUUAUCCAAGAGAUUGGAGCUCAGCAUAUCGUCCUCGUGCACGGAGAGUCGUCCCAGAUGUUGAGGUUGCGAGCAGCUUUGAGAGAUACGUAUGCAUCAAGGGGACAGGAGGUCAACAUCCAUACGCCCAAGAACUGCGAACCUUUAACGCUCAACUUUAGGCAAGAGAGAGUGGUCAAGGCAAUCGGCACACUAGCAGACGUCCGUCCUGAGCACGGGACCCGCGUCAAAGGUCUCCUCGUCUCCAAAGACUUUUCAUACACCCUCCUCGACCCCAAAGACCUCCGCGACUUUACCGGUCUUUCCACAAGUACGAUCGUCCAAAAGCAGACCGUUCCCAUCGGUGUGGAUUGGAGUGUGGUACGGUGGUAUUUGGAAGGAAUGUAUGGCGAGGUGGAGGAAGGAGUGGAUGGGGAGGGGAAGGAGAAGUUUACGGUGAUGAAUGGGGUGGAGGUCGUGAGGGUUUUGGAGACUGCUGUGGAGCUCAGGUGGUCUUCGAGCUCGAGUAAUGAUAUGAUUGCAGACUCGGCUUUGGCCUUGUUGUUGGGUAUUGAUGGAAGCCCUGCUACGGUCAAGUUAACGUCGGCCCCUAAUCGACAUGCUUGCAACCACGGCCACUUACACGCACCCGCCCCGAAAGAGACUGUGACCAGUCCCGAAUUCGAAAGGCUCAAAAUGUUCUUGGAAGCGCACUUUGGCGAUGUGUCUGGUCCUCAUAUUGAGGCGCCCCAAAACGGGGAGGAGGAGUGGUUAUCCAUGGAAGUGAAAAUCGACAACCACGAGGCCAAGAUUGAUCUGAUAACCAUGAAAGUGGAAUCAGACAAUGUUGAUCUACAGAAGAGGGUGGAGAAUGUGCUCGAGAUGGCGCUUACGACAGUCAAGUCGCUUUCACAGACAUUCAUGGGGAGCGGAUUGGACUUUGUGGCAGCGCAGAAGACGGAGGUUUGA